AUGGCAGCGUGCUCUGCUUCUGACGGUGUUAACAAAUUUGGGUUUCCCACUAAAGUUGAUGAUGUCACUUCCGGAGGUAGUAUUUCCGGUCUCGCCGCCAGCAGAAGGCAUGUUGGUUUCAUAUACGCCGUCUCUGACGUGGCAACAGUGAAUGUUGUCAGAGUGUUGAACCUCGAGGGACAAGUUGUCGGGAACAUAACCAUUUCCAAUGCCAUCAACGUCGACUGGGAAGACGCUGCAGUCGGAAACUGCGUCUUUAAUACUUCGACGACAUGUCUGUACAUCAUGGACGCUGGCGAUAGUACCAUUCCUCCAGCCAACAUCAUCUACAUAGUACAGGAACCAGCUGCCAUCACUGGGAUGCAGUCGGUCACGACUGACAUGAUGAUUGAUUUUAACGGCUGGAACAAUGGCGACUGCUGCACGGAGACGUUGUUUGUUGAUUCAGACGCCAAUAUGUACUUCUUCAGCCGUGAGCCCCGAGGGGUAAACAUUGGUCUGUACAAACUCAUCAAUAACGAUGGUACAUGGGGAACCCAAAGAGAGACAGUAGUCACCCUCCCUUCCACCAACACAGGUCCGGAUGGCGCUGACCUGUCCCCGAGCGGAGAGGAACUCCUCGUCCUCUUCCACGACACCGUCUACCACUUCCAUGUGGCAAACAACGACGUAAAGGCGGCCUUGACCGACGCCGCGAGUCUCCUCCCCUCGGUGCCUGACCCUAGUGGAACUAGUAUCGCUUGGGCUACUGAUACAUGCGGCUACUAUACCUCCACCGAGGAAGAUAUCCCUGUUCUUCGCUUCAGUGACCGAGUUGCCGCUGAUGUCUCUCGUGCUGCACGAUUCAACUUCGGCAAGGUUGUUGGGCAAAUCAACAGUCCUUCCCAUGGCGAUGUCACGGGAAUAGCUUUCAGCAAAGACCACCCCGGGUACAUCUAUGCCAUCAACUCUGGUACCACGGGACAAACGUUCAUCACUGUUUUCCAGACUUCCAAUGGUUACGUCGUCAGCGUGAUUUUGUUAUUCUCCGCCACGAACACGGACUGGCAGGAUAUCGCAGUGGGGCCAAGGACGUCAGGGGGACAGAACUACAUCUACAUUUUGGACGGAGGGGAAGCUAAUGGCGGUCCAGCUCGAACCAUCAUCAUGGUACCAGAACCUGACAACAUCAGAGUCAGCCAAGUCAUCGACGUCAGCGCAGAUAACAUAUUCGUUUACAACAUGCCGGUGGGCGUGAGUCAUGCUCUCGCAGUGACCAGCAGCGGCCGCAUCUUCAUUACCAACUACCAGGAUACGUACGAGGAGACUGUGACGAUGUAUCAGCUUGUUAACACAGACCCUCAAACCCUCCUGCCUGUUGAAAUUGGCUCCUUCCCCCAUCAGUCCUCCCAGAGCGGUCCUGAGAGUCUCGACGUCGCUCCUGACAACAGCUUCAUCCUCGUGAAGAACAGCGACGGCGUCUUGUUGUUCCCCGUCAAAGACAACGACUUUCCCACCGCAAUUACAAACGUCAAUGUCACUCGCCUCCCCUACGUGGCUGAGACAAAUGGAUUCUCCGUCGCCAUAGCACCAGACAGUAACAGCUACUACACGUUUAGUAAUGAUCAACCACCGAAGCUGAAGCGGUAUGAUGCUAUUUCAGCGUGUGCGAAAUCGUCGUCCCCGCCACCUGGAUACGUCCCACGUAACCGGUUGCGUUACCGUGUACCCCCUCGACCACGCUAUCCUAUUCUCUACAAAUCACGUGGGGAAACACGUCAACCAGCGCGAUACGUGUGA